CAAGCACUGUUUUUUUACAAUUAUCCCCAAUGCUGUUUUGAUGUCAACUUUAUUCUUAUUUCUCAUUCAUAUCUUGCAUUAGCUUAUUAAAAUCACUACUAUGACCAGUGUCCCUGUCUUUUUGGCAGGCGCUCUGCGGGAGCUACUCCAACCACUCAACAUUCUUUGUGGACUCGUUGCCUACUUUUGCUGGAAAUUAAUCUAUGCCCUUUAUUUCUCGCCUCUCCGCAACGUUCCUGGUUCAAUCUGGCCGCGCAUUACCAGUCUAGCCCUGUUUUUUUACGAAGUUCGUGGUUUGGAGCCUGAAUUCAUUAAGUUCCACAACAAAAAAUAUGGCGGCAUAUUUGUCAUGACCCCGUCUAGAGUGGCUAUCUGCGACCCUGAAGACAGUCAAAUAAUACUGGGGACACAUGCCUUCUUGAAGGACAAGCGCUAUAGCAAUAUUGAGAUCAUGGAACCAAACAUGUUUCUAACCGUCGACCCCGAAUUAAACAAACAGCGCCGCAGACAGAUGGGACCAUCAAUGAGUGUGGCAAACCUAAAGCUGAUGGAGCCAGCCAUUCUGGAAGCCGGACCCAAGCAGUUGUUCAACAAGUGGGACCGAGACAUUGAGCAAUCUGCGGAUGGGCUAACAGCUAGGGUAUCAUACUACAAUGAUCUUAUGCUUAUGGCUUUUGAUAUUGUUGGCUCAUUGGGAUUUGGACAGACACACAGGUCGCUGACAUCGGGGGAUACGCAAAUUGUCAAGUGGGUGCACAGCGCAUUUAUGCUUAUAUUCUUGCAGUCAGUUAUGCCUUUGGUCAAGACUACUCUGUUUCGUCAGUUCAUUGUCAAGUCAUUCUACGACAAAUUUGAUGCGUUCCACACUUUGUGUGCCAAGGCUGUCAGCAAGCGCAAAAAGCUCCUGAGUGGCCUGCAACCUAACGAGAACAAACCCAAGGAUAUUCUGCAGUCGUACAUUGAUGCUGAGGAUCCCGAGUCGCGCAUCCGAAUGACAUCCAGCCAGGUGGUUGCCGAGACAGUCAUCAGUUUGUUGGCUGGCUCGGAUACCACCUCCAACACAAUGGUCUGGACUAUCCACCUGCUCCUCAUGCAUCCGCACUACUACUCUCGAGUAGUCGAGGAAGUGCGUGCGGUAUUUGAUCGCGACCAUAUAAUUAGCUACAGUGAGGCCAAGACCAGUCUUCCGUUCCUUGAAGCUUGCAUUUACGAGUCUCUGCGGUUAGUUCCUGUAGCAACCAAAAUGCCCCGGUUUAUUCCCCCUGGUGGUGCGACCCUACAUGGUCACUUUAUUCCUGAAGGGUAUAAUUGCACUGUGAGUAUCACGGGUGUUAACACUAAUCCUGAGGUGUGGGAAAGAUCUUACGAGUUUUACCCUGAGCGGUUCCUGGACAACAAAGCAAACAGGCGGAUUGUAUUGACAUUCAGUGCCGGCGUAAGGGUGUGCCCGGGCAAGAACCUAGCAUGGAUGGAAAUACAGUCAACGCUGGCCAAUAUUUUCAAUAGGUACAAUUUGGAGAUUCCUGCCGACUCGCUGUUUACGCCUGACAGGGUUGAUAAUAACGGACUGCCAAUUUUGAUGCCUCGUAAACUUGUUACAACUUGUAUGUCAAAGUUUCCUGAGCGCGACUGCGUUGUUUUAGUUACAAGGCGUGUAUGAAUUAAUAAAUUAACUUGUUACUUUGCGAUGUGUUGUACCAAUUUUAAUAACAGCGCCUAAAGCUGACUAAAUAUGACAAUAGUGGUACCAAUCACAAUGGCCAAAAUACUGUGUAUGAAAG